UAGUUCAUAUUGUACCAGUGUCUCCACCCCAUUUCUUCAUUCACCACCACACUAACCAGUAACCACCAUCCUUUCUCUUACUCUACCACCACAGACGGCCGCCGCCGAAUCCAAAUAGUCCUCUCGGAAUGGCGUCCAAUACAUUGAUGAGCUGUCGCAUCCCUGCCGUCGUCCGCCCUUCGGUUCUCUCAUCUUCCAAGUCGAGAUUCACCGCCGCCGUGCCACUUCACGGUGUGGCCACUAACGGAUCUAGGUUAUCCAUGACCUCCGAUUGGAUGCCAGGACAGCCCCGGCCAUCCUAUCUAGACGGAUCCGCCCCAGGUGAUUUCGGUUUUGAUCCACUUCGUCUAGGUGAGGUUCCAGAGAACCUCGAGAGAUUCAAAGAGUCUGAACUAAUCCAUUGUCGAUGGGCUAUGUUGGCCGUCCCAGGGAUUUUGGUACCUGAAGCUUUGGGUUUAGGUAAUUGGGUAAAAGCACAAGAAUGGGCAGCUCUUCCAGGAGGACAAGCUACCUAUUUGGGGAAUCCUGUCCCAUGGGGUACCCUACCCACAGUUUUGGCCAUCGAGUUCCUCUCGAUUGCCUUUGUGGAACACCAGAGGAGCAUGGAAAAAGACCCCGAGAAGAAGAAGUAUCCCGGGGGAGCUUUUGACCCGUUGGGUUACUCGAAAGACCCGAAGAAGUUUGAAGAGUACAAGGUUAAAGAGAUCAAAAAUGGGCGGCUAGCGUUGUUGGCUUUCGUGGGGUUUUGCGUGCAACAAUCGGCUUAUCCGGGAACCGGACCCUUGGAGAAUUUGGCAACCCACUUGGCUGACCCAUGGCACAACAACAUUGGGGAUGUCAUUAUCCCUAAUGGACUUUUACCUUAGCUUUUGUAUGAAUUACGUUACAAAAUGUAAUACACACCCACAAUGCCUUUUGUAAAAUUCAUGGUGAUCACCAUCAAUUCUGUAAUGAAAUGAACAAAGAAGUCGUUUUUAUUUCU